AUGGCUUCUAAGGAGAGCAUUAAACCAAUAAAUGGUGCUUGGUUUGCUGAAGGGACUCAGAGUGACGCAAAUACAGAUCCACAACCAAAUGUUGUUAAUGGCAAUCAGUCAUCAAGUAAACUAUUGCCCGUUGAAGAUAAUUCGAAAAGAAAUGGCCGCGCGAAUCCGGAUGAUACAGAAGCAUAUAAUGGCGAAAUUAUUGGUGAUAAAUGCAAUCAUGACAACUCUCCGGAUUGCUGCCACAGUGAUAGAAGUGGUUCGGAGGAAAGAGACUUGAACGAUGUGUUACCGAUACCACCAGACGGUGGUUAUGGAUGGGUGAUCGUAUUUGCUGCAUUCAUGUCAAACUUUGUGGUUGAUGGUAUCGCUAAUUCGUUUGGUGCCUUCAUGAGUAUUUACCAGGAUUAUUUCAAUGCAUCGAAAGCUUUGGUUUCGCUAAUUGGUUCUCUACUGAUUGGUUGUUAUUUGCUGAUCGGACCAGUUGCUGGUGGACUGGUGAAUAAGUAUGGCGUUCGAAUAGUCGUCGUAAUUGGUUCAUUUGUGGCUGGUUUAUCGUUUUUAGCUUCAAUCUUUUGUCCGAAUAUCUACAUGUUUAUGAUUUUCUAUGGAUUUCUUGGAGGGGCUGGUUUUGGGCUCAUUUACCUUCCUUCAAUCGUUACUGUUGGUUACUAUUUUGAGAAGAAGCGUUCGAUCGCGACUGGCAUUGCUGUUGCUGGUUCAGGUGUUGGAACGUUUGUGCUUCCUCCACUAUGCAUAAUCCUCAUCAAUAAAUUUGGGUGGAAGAUUGCUAUAUGUUCACUUGCUGCUUUAAGUUUUUCGAGUACUAUUUAUGGAUUACUGUACAGACCACUGCAAACACCGGUGAUUAAAAAAGAGGAAAAAGCGAAAGCCGAUGUAGAAGAACCGCUUCUGAAAUCGAGAAGGAAAGGGUGGAAACCAAAUGGUGAUGAUAGUAAAGAUAGUACAGCAGAGGAAAAUCAGCUUCAAAAAAUCAUACGAGUACGUAACACCCACAGUGAAUGUGAAACACACAAAUUUGACGAGACGACUCCAUUGACACCGGUUGCUGAAAAUAUGACUGACAAAAAUCGUGGUACACAUAGUGAUUCAAGUGAGGGGUUGGCAACGAAAACAAGAAGAAAUCCGAAACAAAGGUUUAUGGCAG